AUGCUGGGUGCAGAGCCUGGACAGCCCCACGCGCUACCUAGCUCCCACGGUCCUGCCCUGGUGGCGCAUGCGCAGGCCCGCAGGGAAGACAUCUGGGGCUCUUUUCUGUUUGUGAGGAAAGGACGGAUCCCAGCUUGUCCUCCCGGCUUCCAGUUGCCUGCAGGGACCGGCGUCUCCUGCUGCUUCAGACCCCGCGACCCUGUUCCACGGGGCUGGAGAGGGGCGCUGGGGCUCACUUCCUCAUGCUCAGCUCUCGGGGUGCACGGGCCGGGCCCCUCGGGCUAUGGAACUGGGGCCCGGGAAGACAUCCACGUUCUUUUCCAGCCACUAGGUGGGAGGUGUGCUGCGCUGGGCAGCCGGGGAGGAAACUGUUCCAGCCUUGAAUUAAAGACACCGAUCAUGAGCAGUGGGGUAAAUUCCUAUCAAAAACGGACAAGAGGCAUAGAAAGCUACGGGAGAACAGGCCUCCUGGGAUCAGUCUAUGAGUCUCGUUUGGAUUCGCACUUGUUCAGUGGCUAG